CAAACUUGAUUUUGAGCAAUCGAUAACAUCUCUGUGCUCAGUAAUUAUCUCAUCACUAACUGUACGGGGUGUUCACAACAUUUGAGUAAAUUUUUUUCGAAAACUGUGAAAAUGCCUGAAAACGACGUGACUAAAAUGAAGGUGGCGGACUUGAAGCGCGAGCUGAAGCUUCGUGGACUCACCGUGAAUGGAAAUAAAACUGAACUGCAGGACCGAUUGCAGACCGCAUUGUUGGAGGGGGACCUUUCUCUGGAGGAUUCGGCCAUAGCGGAUGCCAUUGACGACGACGAUGUGUCCUUGACCGACGAGGAUGAGCACAAGCUGCUGGGCGAUGAGAACGACGAUGAGCUCCUGAAGAGUCCGAUUAGCACGCCCACAACUGUGGCCAUUCCAGAUUUGCUGGCGGAAGAGAAGACGUCAGCGGGUUCAGAGGCAGCUGUGCCGCCUAAGAAAAUAGUGCUCAAACGAAACAACUCCCAGCAGUCCACGGGCACUGUGGUCAGCACGGGGACACCUCCUUCUAAGGAGAACGAGGCGCCCGCUGCAGCUGCUACUGAUUCCUCCGGAGAGACUCCAACCAAGAAGCAUAAGCCAAUUGUGGUUGGCCCGAAGACGGAUGGAGAGAAGCCAUCAGGCGACAAGAAACUUACCCAGCUGACUGCACAAGAGCGAUUGGAACUGCGGGCCAAAAAGUUCGGCAUCACUCCCACCGCCGCACCCGCUGUGGCCACCACUGCAACCGCAGUUGCUGCGGCCAUCAAUAAAUCCUCCAGUGCCUCCAUUACGGCCAACAAGGGAAACAAGGAGACGGAUGAGCAGCAAAAGGAGGCACUCAAAAGACGUGCCGAACGUUUCGGAUGCGUGGUGCCCGACAAAGCCCCGAACUCAAAGGCCGAGGAUCGUCUCCAGAAACGGAAGGAGCGAUUUGGAGGAGCAGCAGUCACAGCAGCUGCCACAACGCCCGCCACAACAGAAUCGAAGGACGCCUGGUCAGAGAAGGCGCGCGCUCGCUUGGAAAGAUUCAAAACAGCCCCGUCCGCCAAUUAAGGAAAUCAAAUCUAAUUUUUUAAGCAAGCAAAUACAAUUGUAAAUUCUUUCAGAAGCAGGAAGAUGAACCUUUCAUGUAUCAAACCCCAAAAGCCACCAAUGCUUGUAGUAAUUAAGCGAAAGUUCAAUAAACACAUCAUAACAUGACCAUUGAAA